CUAUGGAGAGCAAAGGGGAUAGUUGGAUCAGGGGAAUCCUCCUCGGACGCGGCUCCUUCGGAACGGUCAGCCUCGCUUUUGACCCCUCGGCCGUCCCCGCCGGGCGGAUUUUCGCCGUCAAGUCCGUCUCCUUGGCCUCCGGCUGCAGCGCUUCGGUCGACUUCCUGGAAAACGAAAUCCGGAUCCUCGAGUCCCUCUCCUCUCCAUUCGUCGUCGAGUACCUCGGCGACGAUACCACCGUCGAGGCCGGCGCCGGAGUAUGCCGGAACCUGCACCUGGAGUACCUUCCCGGCGGCACCGCGGCUGACUUGGGCGGCUGCGCAGACGAGUCGUCCGUGCGCGCCUACGCCCGGUGCGUGGCGCGCGCGCUCUGCUACCUCCACGACGUCGCCGGCGUCGUGCACUGCGACGUCAAGGGUCGGAACGUGCUGCUCGGAGAGGCCCCCGGCGUCGCCAAGCUAGCUGAUUUCGGUUCCGCUAUGAGGAUUUCAGAUGUUUUCUCGGGAGAUCGGCGGAGCUUGCAAGGCACGCCAUUAUGGAUGGCACCGGAGGUAGCGAGGGGGGAGAUCCCAAGGCCGGAGUCGGACGUGUGGUCGUUCGGGUGCACCGUCAUCGAGAUGCUCACCGGCGUAGCACCGUGGUCAUCUUGGAAGCCUAAGGACGCUGCCGAAGCCAUGUUCCGGAUCGGUUACGGCGCCGAGCUGCCGGAGUACCCAUCUCAUCUCUCGAAGCAGGGGAGGGACUUCCUCGACAAGUGUUUGAGAAAAGACCCAAAAGAACGAUGGACGGCAGAGCAACUACUGCAGCACCCGUUCCUGGCUGAGGCAGAGCCUCCGACGGAGCAGACUCCGAGAGGAGUACUUGAAUGGGCUAAUUUGCAGUUAGACUACGAAAGCGAUGACGACAGCUACGGCGACUUCGACUCUGUAUGUUUGAUCUCCGAGGGAAUAGAAAGAGUAAGGGAAUUAGCAUCGAGUGGAUCUCCUCCGGCAGCCUGGAACAACGAUGGCUGGGAACAAGUAAGGAAUCCAGAGGAAUUGGCUGUGGAUAAGUGUGGAAGAGAAGUGGAACAACAAAAGUGCUGGGAGAUAUCUAGAAUGGAUUGCUCUGUUUUUUCUGCUCUCUGUUCUUGGUGUUGCUUUGUUAAAUGUGAUCCGAGUUGUUACGAUGAGAUUAUUGUCAAUAGACAGUUACAUGUUUUCUCCUCUGGUUUUUGUUUACGGUAUGAUGGGUGA